AGCCAAAGAGAGCAUAUUUUCCUGACCAUAAAAUCUGAAUUUGGCUUAUUAAACACUUGGUUACUCACUUGAUCCAUCAACAGAUAUUGGCAAGAAGUUCAAAACAAAUUCACCUGCUACAUCUCUCAGCCCAAGUUAUUUCCAUGGUACCAUGAAGCAAGGGAAUGAUGAAAAUGACAUUAGCUGCUGGAGUUCUCCGGGGGAAUUGGGAUUCAUGAUCAGAGGGAAGUCAUACCUAAUCGAUAAUAGAAAGUCUCGUUGCAGUUGAUUGGUACAAGGCGGAUAAUUGCAUCACAAAGUUUGCAUUGCACCCCAAGUGUCUUGUUCAGUCUGAAGCGGGGAAAAAAGUUCCAUUCAUCCUUGUCAUUAACCUUAUGGUUCCAGCUAAACCAAAUUACAGCCUGGUUCUUUAUUUUGCCACCAAUGAGCCUAUCAUUGAAGAUUCAUUGUUAAGAAAAUUCAUUGAUGGAACCGACAUGUUCCGUGAUUCAAGAUUCAAACUGAUCCCAAGCAUCAUUGAGGGACACUGGAUGGUAAAGCGUGCAGUUGGAACUAAAGCGUGCCUAUUAGGAAAAGCGGUAGCAUGCUCGUACCUUUGUCAAGACAAUUUUCUGGAGAUUGACGUGGACAUUGGAUCAUCCUCUGUUGCAAGGAGUGUCAUGGGGCUUGUACUUGGAUAUGCAUCUAGCCUUGUGGUCGAUCUCGCAAUUCUACUAGAGGCAAAAGAAGAAUCAGAACUCCCGGAACAAAUUCUGGGAACGGUUAGACUCAAUCGUGUGACAGCGGAUUCCGCGGUCCAGUUGGAUGUUUAAAGUUCAUUUGCACAAUUUACAUCUCCAGGUCAGCCAUUUGUGUAUCAUCCAAGUCACUGCUACAUAAUGAAUUUGACUUUUUUCU